AUGACGAGUACAGAAGUGCCCAAGGGCACGAACGUGGGAGUUCCCAAUAUCCCUUAUUUCACUCCACAACACUUGACAUCACCCGGUGUGCCAUUCGACCAAACCAAGCCUGUACCGACACUAUUUACGCCAUUGAAGAUCCGUGGCACGACACUGCGCAAUCGCAUUGUCGUUGCCCCCAUGUGUCAGUACAGCACGGCGCCGGAUGGGCCAGACAUUGGCAAGCUAACCGACUAUCACAUUGCAACGCUCGGACACUACGCUCUGAAGGGUGCGAGUCUGGUCUUCAUCGAAGCUACCGGCGUACAACCCAAUGGACGUAUCUCGCCGAAUUGUCCCGGUCUAUGGGACGACAGCCAGAUUGAGGGGGUCAAGCGGGUAGCGGAUUUCAUUCGUUCCCAGGGAGCAUUGUCGGGUAUUCAGCUGGCACACGCUGGUCGCAAGGCUAGCACCCUACCACAGUGGGUUGCUGCGACGUUAGGGAAACGCACUGGGGCACGAGCGACAAAAGAGGCUGGCGGCUGGCCCGAUGAUGUUGUCGGCCCAAUGGGAGGUCCGGAGGAGACCUGGGACGGACUAAACGACGACAGCGGAUAUUACCCUCCACGACAGCUCACCGUGACGGAGAUUCAAGAGCUCGUAAAAGCCUUCGCGGACGCCGCGCGCCGCUCUGUCGAAGCUGGCAUUGAUGUUAUUGAGAUCCAUGCUGCACAUGGAUAUCUUCACCACCAAUUCCUGAGCCCUAUUACAAAUCGACGAACCGAUCAAUAUGGUGGCAGCUUCGAAAAUCGUACUCGAUUUCUGACGGAAGUAAUCCAGGCAAUGCGCAAAGUCAUUCCAGACACCAUGCCAUUGUUUCUCCGAGUCAGCUCGACCGAGUGGAUGGACCACACAGAGAUUGGCAAGAAAUACGGUAGCUGGGACGUCGAAGACACGAUUCGAUUAGCAAAGCUCCUUCCAGCCCUCGGUGUUGAUCUUCUUGAUGUUAGCAGUGCUGGAAACCACCCACUUCAACGAAUCAACACCUUCGAGUCCAAAGACUACCAGAUCAAAAUCGCCAAUCAGAUCCGUACGGACAUGAAAGGGUCCAAUCCGCAACUACUCGUAGGCGCGGUCGGGUUGAUCACCGAGGCCGAGCAGGCCAGAGAUAUCGUUGAUGAUGCUGGCUCAGAUCUGAGCAUUGGUGAGGAAGCUGCAGCCGCCAAGGAGAUGACACAAGCGAAACCUGGCAAAGAGCCCAUGGCUGAUCUGAUUCUCGUCGCUCGCCAAUUCAUGCGAGAGCCCGAAUGGGUGCUCAAGGUUGCGUGGAAGCUAGGUGUUGACGUCGCGUGGCCGAAUCAGUUUUUGCGAGUGAGGUUCCCGAAACUGUGA